GACGCACGGCGCGGAGGGCGCGCCGCGGAGGCGGCGGCUGCAACAAGAUGGCGGUAGCGGGCAGAGGAGCGGUGUCGGCUGCCGUGAAGCCGAUCUUCAGCCGGGACCUGGGCGAGGCGAAGCGGCGUGUGAGGGAGCUGUACCGGGCCUGGUACCGCGAGGUGCCCAACACGGUACACCUAUACCAGCUGGACAUCACGGUGAAACAGGGGCGUAACAAGGUGCGGGAGAUGUUCCUGAAGAAUGCCCAUGUUAGAGAUCCACGGGUGAUAGACAUGCUGGUUAUUAAGGGAAAAAUGGAUCUUCAAGAAACCAUUCAGGUAUGGAAGCAGAGGACUCAUGUCAUGAGGUAUUUCCAUGAGACGGAAACCCCACGACCUAAAGACUUUCUGUCCAAAUUCUACGCGGGCCACGAUCCCUGAGAGAUUUACUGUGUGUCUUCCUGCCUUGUGUUACAAAUAAAGUUCUAUAUAGUAGAAAAAA